GGAUGUUAUAAGAUAUCAAUGUUCUUUUAAUGGAUCAACAGUAUUUGGGUUUGAUGAUAAAAUGGCACUGACAGAUGGAACUUGGAGUGGUAGAAAAACAAUAUGUGGUUUAUGUCCUGUUGGUUGGACAGAACGUGAAGAGUUGUGUUACAAGGUGGUGGCUGAAGCAAAGAGUUUCACAGAUGCACAAGAUGCAUGCGAAGCUGAUGGGGCAGAUCUUGUUAGUUUCUAUGAUCAAGCAGAACAGGACUUUGUAACAGAUCUGGUUGCUGAGCAUCAAUUGAGUGAAAUCUGGAUAGGACUGACUGAAAAUGUAGAUGAAACAUAUCCACGCUACAAAUGGUUGGAUGGGAUGAGAUCAACCUACACACGUUGGUGGUAUAAUGAAAGGCCUAACAAUGGUGGUUCACUACUAAAUAACCCUGGGGAGGACUGCACAGCAGCAAUGCCGUACUUUGGACGAUACUGGGACGACUUUGAUUGUGAACAGAAAAAGGCAUAUAUGUGUAAACGUGAACAGGGAUCAGGAUGUUCCCCAGGGGAAAAUCUGUUUGGAGGGUAUUGUUAUUGGGGGUCCACUUCUACUCUAUCAUGGCAAAAUGCAGAGGCAGAGUGCACACUCAGUGGUGGACACCUUGUAAGCAUACACUCUGAGGAGGAAGAUAACUUUGUCUUUACAACAGCAACAUCCAGUGCCGGAAUAACAGAUGGCUACUGGAUAGGCUGGAAUGACAUCGCAAAUGAAAACCAUUUCGUAUGGUCAGAUGGAUCAAAGCAAUACUUUGAAAACUGGCAAUACGGAGAACCAAACGGUGCACCAGAUUCACAAAACUGUACAAAAAUCCGUAAAUCCCAAAACUGGCAAUGGCAGGAUGAGUUUUGUGGCUAUGAAAAGGCAUAUGUGUGUAAAGGAGAACUCCCCGUGUUGGACAUGGAGUGUGUUGAUGAAGUGGAUGGAUGUAUUGACUAUGUCAUAGCUGAUCCUACAAUGUGUGAAUCGUACCCAAAUUUUGCAAAUGAAUACUGUAAGAAAACAUGUGGUAAAUGCCCAGGAGAAACAAGAGUAUGUGAUCGUCCUGGUGAUGUGAGUAAUGCUAUAGUAGUUAAUGACUUUGCUAACGACCCUCCAAGAAUAGGAGAUAAUGCUGAGUUAACAUGUGACAAGGACUUUGCCAUUAAUGGUGGCACAUUGGAUUUUGCAUGUGUGCUUGAUGGCAGGCUUAACUAUGAACCUCAACUGAUACCUACUCAUUUACCAACAUGUAAAGGUAAAGGAGAAAUAGCUCGUACUUUAUCGAAUGAAUUGGUGCCUCGUGAAUAUCGUGACAAUUUGAACACCAUCACUCUGGAAAGGAGUGAUAAUUUGAAAAUUGAACAUCCUGGCAAGAUAACUGGAUGGUUCGUGUACUCUGAAUUAGAAUCUACUGUCUUCAUGCAAGUUUGGCGUCCUGGAGCAGGGGAUACCUUCUCUCUAAUUGGUCAAAAUGAAGUCGUAACAGAGAUUCGCCGCACAGCAGUAUAUUCUGUUGAUCUUGCAUCACAGAUUCAGGUUGAGGCAGGGGACGUCAUAGGAUUUCAUCAGCCUAACUUUCCAGUGCCCAUACCAUAUGAUGUGUGCCACACAGGUAACCCAGGCUACCCAGGUGCUUAUAUAUGGCAGACCGAAUCACCUAGGAAACUAUCAGAUGGAGACUCACUCUCAUUCAACAUACUAACAUGUAGAAUAUAUUCUGUAGGGUUCGAGACUAAACCAGUUGCAUAGUGGAUUGAGUCUCUACAUUUAGAAAUCUGACAAAAAUCCUUGUGAACUUUGACAUUCAGUUAUAUUUUGAAAACUUUGUAGUUUGAUUUAAAAUGAAAUACAUGAAGCUAUAAUGAAGAGCUUAUUUAUAAUAUUGAAACCUUUGACAAUUCAUACUAUGUAUACUCAGUGGUGAAAUUAUGGUGUAUUUAUUGAAAACUUUUGACAAUACACAAAUUGUGUAGCUAAUGAAAAAUAACAAAUAAAUAAAAAAA